UGGCGGUCUCUUCUUUAGGCAGGCCUUUGGCGAUCUGUCUAUUAAUCUGUGCUGUUGCGCGAUGACGAUGGUAUCGCACUACUUGCGAGUUACGAGCCGAACGACGGCGUAACGUAACCUCUCAUGUUAAGUUUAGACUUGAGCGAAAAUUGCCGGAAUUUUCUCUCAUUUGCCGCAUCGGUCUGCGACCUUUUUUUGUGACGUGUGACGCGGCUGGCGAGUAUGUCAUGUUCGGAAUCGUUGACAUCGAGCGACUCGGCUAGCGUGCGAUAAUCUCGUAAAUAUACGUAACGCGAGGACAACGACAACGCAUCUAUCGCGAGGAAUGGCCUCUCCGAAGCUCGGAGUGCGAUGAACCAGUUAUGUUGCCUUCCACCGGUUAUUUUAAAACGAUAAAUUGCCCGUUUUAUGACAGCGGAUCGUGCGAUCGGCCCUAUUGUCACUUUAAACAUGCUAGGCGAGAAGAUGCAGGAAGCAGCACAGCAGGAAUGGCUGGAGUGGUGGAGGCCCAGGCAGCGGGACAAGCUCAGGAGGACAAAUCUGCCAAUGUUGUGGCCUCGAAUCCUGAUAUGCUACAACACUUAGUGACAGAAGCUGUGAAAAAGGUGCUUGCGGAUCAGGAAGUCACAGACACGGAGAAAGUUUCACAGAACAUUGUCUCUCAAGUAGUGGAAGGACUCAAGCCAACUCUGGGUUCUGGUUCUACUGGCCCUAUGCGCAACACUACAUCAAAUAUUGUAGGAAAACACAUUGCAAUUCCCACGCCCAUCACAAACCCAGUCACGUGUGUUUACAAUCCAACACCAAUAGCCGAAUUAAAAAAACGACACAUACCUGUAGUUUCGUAUAUGCCAACCAGGGAGAGUAGAGUGGCUGUGAAACGUAAAUUUUCGCCAGAACGAGUUAAACCAUGGUUAAAUCUUAUACAGGAAUCCAGCAGUUCUCAGUCAUCUGAAGUUACAUAUAAACCUACUGCGAUAGUCAAUUCAACUGAUCAGGAUAUUGUACAAAGUUAUGUACCGACAGUUAAAUCGGAUUCAUCCUCAUCAAAUUCGUAUGACGAUAGUAACUCGAACGAUAAUCAAUCUAAAUUCAAAAUGUACUAUCCAAAAUCUAAGAAAAGACGAGAGGAAUACGUUCCUAAAAAUGUUAAGGCACCAUUAAAAACAGUUCAACAAUUAAACCAUGAUACUUUGGAUCAGUUUGAACCAGAAUUUAAUAUGAUAGAUGAGAUUCUUAUUACCAAUCACAAUACUUCUAAAGUAUUGGGACAAGCUAAAACAUCGGCCAGUGAAGAUUCUCAAGAUUACUCUUUGGAUAUUGAGCCUAAAUUUUUUGAUGAUGAAUCUGUAGAAGACAUAUCUAAGGACGAACAUAAUACGAGCAUUGAAAAAGUUGAACAUAUAGAGGACGCGAAUGAAAAAGAGAAGGAAAACUUGCAACAUGCAAAAGUUGAUACUGUAGAUAAACAAACGAGCAAUAAAGAUAAAAAAAUGCAUAAUAAUCACUAUGAUAUUAAAACGGAUGAUACAAAAAGUAGUAAUAGAUCUAAACAUAAAGCAAGUGACACAAGUAAAUUAUCUCAGAAAAGAGAGGAUAGUAAAAAGAGAGAACUGACAAGGAAAAAGAAACAUAAGAGUCAUAGUAAAAGUAAGAAAAAGGAUAAGAAAGAUCAUCAUAGUUCUGAGAGGAGAGACAAAGAAAGAUCUCGGCAUUCUACAAAUUCCAGAGAUAGACAUCGUUCAUCUUCUAGUAGAGAUAAAGAUAAGAGGAAAAGCAACCAUGAUAGUAAAGAUUCUUCGCGUCGAAGUAGAGAUCACUCGAACUCACACAGACAUAGACAUACUUCUCCAAAGAGAGAUCGAAAUAAUCAUCAUAAAUCUAGCCAGCACGACAAGCAUAAAUCGAGAACAAAUUCAUCUAGUUCAAAUAAACAUACGUCCAGCAGAAGCGACAAGAAACAUCAUUUGAAAUCAAGUCGAAGAUCUAGUAAUUCUCCCAAAAAAUCUAGCAAACAUAAAGAGAGUAGUAGUGAAAAGAAUUCAUCUGGUAGUUAUGAUAGUCCUGCAGACAGUAUUCAUUCUUUUAUGGACGAAGAGAUUUUAGAAUUAUCAGACUCUGAUCAUGAUGUACAAGAAGAAUGUCUAAAGAUUUUUCAGGAAUAUCAAGCCUCUGAUCAUCCAAAAUUAGUAUCGAUCAAAAAAUCGAAAGAAGAAACCGAAGAUGUGGAAGAAGUUGGUAAGAAAAGAGUUGCGCAUCCUUCAGCGGCUACAAGCGUCACCAGACAGUUAGGUCCUAGUCAGCCACCAAAAAAGCUCAUGACACCACAACAAAAAAUGUACGAGCGAUGGCGUUUGAUGAAGGAAGCAGCGGUCGGAAAGGCUGCAGAGAAGGCGGCGACAGCUGAUACGAAGCCUCAAAUUACAUCUGUGUCAGCAGUUCAGUCUUCGAGUAACUUACACAAAGAGCAUAUCGAGUCUGCUUUGUCAAUAAGCAACAGCGAUUUUCAACCGAAUGGUCGCAUUAGAAUCGCUCAUGUUCCAUAUGCACAAUCUCUUGCAAUGGAGAAGAAAAAAGUUGCGGUGACAGCGAAAAAAUGCGGAGAGAACAAAGAAAUAGAUAAGACGACAGCGCAAACUACGAAGGGCGGUGUACGUGUUGCUCACAUUCCGCAAAUGGUACCUCAACUGGUACGUCCAGAACCGCUCCAAGUCGCCACGCAGAAGUUUCCCUUAAAUGUUCGUCAGUAUUAUAUUAAUAUAAUGCACGAUAUAUGCGUGCAAAUAUAUACGAAUGGCGAUGAUGCAGCGCAACGCGCCGUUAAAGAGGAAUUAGCUUGUCACGAAAGAUGUAAGGCGCUCGCUGUAUAUAAAAAUUCGUGUAUGUUGGCGGCUCAUAGACUGAGGAAGGAAGUUGAUCAGAAUAAAUCGGAUGAAAAGUCCGCCAGAUUGAAUUACGGUAUGGUAUCUCACGAAGCAGUGCUUGCUGGCAAAUCAAAGGGUUCUUGGAGCGUAGUAAAGAGUAAAAAGACCGUGACAGAUUUCAAAGGACCUGCGUUCUACAAUAUGCUCAAAAAAUAUAUCAUGACUGAGACGCAGCUGAGAGAUAAUGGAUUUCCACGUAGACAUCCGAAUGGUUUAAAGGGACAAGCAAAGGUGUAUGUAAUAAAUGCGCGAAACCAAAAUAUUUUGUCAAAAGUGCCUAACGAAAGAAUAUGCAGCCGAUGCGGCCAAGCGUAUAUGGUAGAUAAACAGUGCUUUGCUGUACAGCAACAAAACUGUAUAUAUCAUUGGGGAAGAAAGUUUACAAUUAAAGGCGAGGGCAAGUAUAGUUGUUGCCAGCAAUACGGAUCCGCUACUGGUUGCUGCGACGCAAAGACACAUGUAUGGGAUUACACAGAUUAUGAAAAUCUUCGCGGUUAUGUGAGAACUUUAUCGAAAGAUGUUUCUAUGGACGAGCAAGGUGUCUAUGCACUUGAUUGUGAAAUGUGUUAUACUACGCAUGGUUUAGAAUUGACUAGAGUAACAGUCAUUGAUGAAGAUUGCAACGUAAUAUAUGAAACGUUAGUCAAACCACAAAAUACGAUAAUUGAUUAUAACACAAGGUUCUCAGGGAUUACAGAAGAGGAUAUGAAAGACGUGACGACGACUAUUUUAGAUGUACAAGCUACACUUCUCACAAUGUUUUCGGACAAAACAAUUCUGGUGGGUCACAGUCUUGAAAGCGAUUUUAAAGCUUUGAGGCUGCUUCACGAUACCGUUGUGGAUACCAGCGUUAUGUUUCCACAUAAGAAUGGAUAUCCACAGAAACGGGCAUUGAAAAAUCUUUGUUCUGAAUAUCUCAGAAAACUUAUACAAAAUGAUAUUGGUGGUCAUGACAGUAAAGAAGAUGCCGUCGCUUGUAUGGAAUUAAUUCGCUGGAAAGUGAAGGAAGCAGCGAAAUUACAGUAAAUAAGGCUGCGUUCGCAGUUUAUUACGAACAAAUAUCGUGAUUGCUGUAAGAUUACAGCGGCGUGUCAACUUGUAAUGUUGCGCAUACUUUACUGCCGUAUGUGUGUAUCAUACUUUCUUAUGUAUAAAUAUGUAAUAUACAUUCAUUGCGUCGAUUUAAAGAUUUUCUUUCACACUAAAUUCGAGAUCGUAAAUAGUUGAUAAGAUCACACAUUCGCGACAUCAAUUCUCGUGACAUUUAUAUACAAAGCGAUAAUAAAGAAUCGAUGUAAGGGUUUUCGAUAUACGCAUCACGAUAUUUCGAUUAAUAUUUUUAUACUCCGUUAUAUUAUUGCUUAUUUAUAUUUUAUAGCAUUAAAAGAAACGAGAUACGUCGCAUCUGUUUAUUUAUUGACCCAACCUUGGUAGAUGUAUUUCACCUUGGUAGAUGUAUUUCAGGAUUUGUAAUAAAUCAACAGAACAGCUUAUUAGUGACAUUGCACGUUUGAUUCAAGUGGAAAACAAAUAUAUUAAUUUUUUUAUACUGCAA